AAGGAUCACUACGGGUACUUCAUCCUGGAUACGGUUUUCACAGUGGUGGUGACUGGGUCUCUGGUCGUGUUCGUCUGGAGAGGCUCGUGGGUCUUCCUCGACGCCUUGUUCUUUCCUGAUCACCCUGUCUACUCCGCCUGGGGUUCCAUGAUAUUGGGGUUAACGGUGACGCUACUGGUGUUCCUGGCGCAGCUGGUGUUGAUCCCGUGCCUCCGGAAGGCGAGGAAGGGUCUGUUUAAGAUCCUGGUGGAAGACGUUUACCACACUAUCUGCUUCGUCGGCGACGUUAACGUAUGGAGAGGCGUGUGGAUGCUACUGAAUAUAUAUCUUCUCCCAGGUCUCCCAGUGCUUAGCAACUUGCUGACGACUGUUGGGGGAUUGAUGGUGCUCAUGUGUUUCUACACCUCAAACUCUAUCCUGGUCAAGGGCGCUGUGAUGGAUGGACUCGGUGAUGGAUCCAAGAGCAUUGUCUUCCCAACACGAUACUUCAGGCUCUUUCUCAAGAAGAGAGAGGAAGAUCAGCAGCGGCCGGACCUCUGGGAGCCACUUGGGGACGGAGUCCGGCCUCCCUUAUUCAUCAACACGCCGAUAGAAUCAACCCUCGCCAGUAAGGCCAACGGCGUGUGUGAUGGACGGGGCUUCGGCGACGGUCACAGCUUCACUGACGGCUUCGGGGAUGGCUACAGCAGCGCUUACACCGAGGGCGACGGAAGAAGCGCGCGUCCAAAUUCCACCUUCCAGAGCCCCGAGGCUAGUUCCACCAGGGUGUCCAUUCGAACUUCCACCCAUGAUACUAGCCGUCUCGACCUCACCUCUUACGAACUCGGUCGCCAAGACCUUAUCUCCUACGACCUCAGCCAUCAAGAUCCCAUCUCUCACAACCUUGGGUCUCGCAACCCUGGUCGUCGGGCCUCUAGUUCAUACACAUCAAGUUAUCAAGAUUCUAUUUCACAUCAAACCGAGACGCCUUUGUAACUCUUCAGCUAGGAAAAACUUUUAGUAGUACAUAUACACCUCAAGAACAAAAGAUAAUACUUAUUUUUUCACUUAGUUUCAGUUUUGAGAGUACUCAAAGCAAGCAAGACAAUUGUCCCCAAAGAUGAGCCUUAUUAGUAGGCCUCCACAUAUAUAGCUGUACAUAAUUUAUAUACAUAUAUUAUAUAUAUUAUAUAUAUAAAUAGAUAUAGUCCUCUGAGAAUUGCAGUCGUGUAUUUAUAUUCAAAGUUGACGAUGUUAAGUAGAUUGAAUUGUAGAUAGAUUUCAUAAUACUAUCAUAUGUAUUAAGAUACAUACGUAAUACAUACUGUGUAUUACGCAUGUGAUACGUAAUGCAUACUGUGUACUACGUAUAUGAUACGUAGUACUGUGAUGCACCUUCCGGCGUACCGUGAUGCACCAGAUAAGACGAUUAUCUAAUGCUCUCACCAUCAGGAUUCAAAUUUCAUUUCAUGGACACAUGGAGUCAGAAAGUAACGGAGAUUGAAAUAGAGAGGAAUUGUGUAGAUUAGGUUCUCAAUGCUAAUUUACUGUUAGAUCCUGUACAAAUAUCUCCAAAACGCAUUGCUGUAACAAAAUGUUUUUUAAAUGUCCAUGUAGUGACGUGAUAAGGAGACUUAGUAAGCUGGUAACAUUAACUUAGAUGCAGGAGUUACCACUCGUGGACAGCUGUGGUAACUCACAAUGUGCUGUCACUCAAACAGGAUUCCAUCACACUUUACUGUAGUCCGCGAGUCAAGAAUAUCAUUGCUUUAAGUUGGUGCCAUUAAAAUGUUAUUCUGUUGAGGGUAUCUGUAAGGGAAUUGGUAGCACGUUUACCUUAUGUUUUACAACCAAUUUCGGUCCGGUUGGAGAUCUGGACAAGGAACGUUGAAUAGACGGCAAUCAUUUAAUGUCAGCCCCUGUUCACCCAUGAGUACUCGCGGACCUGGGAACACAUUGGUGGAUAAUAUUCCAGGGAAAAGAAAGUAGGGCAAGGUUUAAGAUGAGCUGUAGGAAGGGAAAGCUUUUUGCUUGCUAACAAAUCAGAAUUAAUUUUUCUCCUGUACCCACAUCUGUAGACAAAUAAUACACAAAUGCUACUUGUGGAAUGUGGAAUGAACUCUGUACUCAAGAAGAGAAGAACUCCGUCGUUUUACUUUAAGACAUCGCUAGUUUUAACUGAAUCUUCCGUGCCACUAAUUGUGCACCAAAGUUUUGAUCAGUGACUUAGAGCAUCAUUCUCGUGUAGAAACGUGUCCAUCAAUCAACUUACUCUUCUGCUGCAUGACAUCAAUUGACAUGUCACCCUAGAGGGCGUAAUUUUUUAAAUAAAUAAAAAAAACCUGUUUUGCGGCUUUGGAAAUUGAUAAUUCAAGACUGCUCAAUUAACAACAAUCAAACGAAGCUUUGCCACAUCAAGGAAUUACAGCUUAUGAUAAAUUUUCCUCAAAAAAGGUUGGUGUUACAUAUAUUAAAGCAUUCCCUUCUACAUAAAUAUCUGCAUUAUGUCUUUUUCAUUGCAGCAGAGAGUGCUGGUCAUCAAUAUAUGACGAAUAUUUGCUAGUCGACACACUGUUACCAUACAGGCCAAAUUAAUUAUAACUAACUACUGAUUACCUUUGUACCGAACUAGUCAGAGCACGUACAGACGCUGGCCGUACCAUGACCCUCACUACGUUCUCCACCGGGGACAAAUCUGCCAGAAUGACGUUGAUGUGACCAUGCAUUAACGUUAUAAACGGUUUUCCAACGUUCAUUAAACGUUACUGGAGCAUGAUUUGUCCGCUGGGAUAAUUAUCACGCUCGGGAGGGUCGAGGGAUGCUGGGAACGUUGAAUGACGUUAAUGUUAUUGAUUCAACCUGAAAUUAACGUAACUCUGAAUACUGUACUCACUGGAUAGGUGGAUUGUAGGUGGAUUGUGGAUUAAUUUAUUAACUAUUAGUUCAUAUAGAUCCUUUAUGCGGGAUAUUAACAUUAAGGAUCCUUGAGAAUAUGUAAUAUAUUUUCACUAUUUUAAUGAUAAAUAAUAAUAAAAGAACCAAGUACCAAGAGUCUCGCUUGCACUAUUUGUAAUUUAAUUUUAUGAUCUGUUUCGGGAUUUUAAUUACGAUAAUUUGGUUAUUUGUUACUGUUCAGAAUUUAUUAGAAAGAUAAUUGGAAAGAUUUUGUAUUUUCCUUUUACGUCAUAAGGCGUAGAAAGCUUAUUAAAAUAUUUAAAUAUGUCUCAAAUAAGUUAUAAUAACGUGACUCGAAUACCCAACCCACACACAUGAAAUGAGAAACAUAUAUUUCAUAUGUGGGUUGAAUUAUUGAUUCAAAUAAAUAAUAUUUUUUACUCAAAAAACCCAUUGAAAACCCAUUUUUUUUUACGAAAGUGACUACUAGAAAGAUAUAUGAAGAUUCCAAGCUUAUUAAUUGCUUUUGACGGAGUUAAGACAGACCGAGUGGAGUUUAAAGGACGGUCACUUAGACUUACAGACAAGACUUAGAUAUUUAACAAGUUAGUUUUGUAUUAAGAUAAAUGGUCUUUAUCGAAAAAGAGCAUAAUUCCUGCUAUUUCUGUAAAAAAUUAUUUUUACCUCUAAGACUUUUACAGUGGCAUUAUGAUAAAAGUAGAAACUAUUAGUUCAUAUAAAAUGUAUAUAUCUAACGACAGGGAUAUAUUCACCGAGAGGUAUACUCUACUUCUCGGUAUAUACACUCUUAGUCUACUUUAGUCCUGAACUAUGUUCAGAAUUAAAGUAUACUUGCCGGUUGGUCAGUAUUCUAGUGUGGUGCCCUUAAUCGAACUUAAUUGGGAUCAAACUUGUGUCUCUGAAAACAAGUCCUGUACACAUGCCUCCUUGGGCACACGCCUCUGGACAAACUACCGACUGAACAAUGGUCCAGUGAGUGAUGCGUGUGUCAGGGGCAGUUCAGGGACGGGAGAUCGAUCCUCUUAUAUGACUUCAAUGUUUUUUCACAGAUCUUGUGCAUAAUUAUCCGCCAUGAUCAAGCACAGGAAGCAUCUUGGGGAAGGAGGGUGUACAUGUUCCAUCUAUCGGCUCUGUCAUCUAUGAUUAGUGUUGAUUAUUCCAAGCGAUGAGUCACAAUAACGUGGAUAAAGUAUGUUGACCAGACCACACACUAGAAGGUGAAGGGACGACGACGUUUCGGUCCGUCCUGGACCAUUCUCAAGUCGAUUGUCACAAUUGACUUGAGACAAUCAAUCUGACUUGAGAAUGGUCCAGGACGGACCGAAACGUCGUCGUCUCUUCACCUUCUAGUGAGUGAUCUGGUCAACAGUGUUGAUUAUUGUUGGAUUGGGUUAUUUGGGUGGCAUGAAACGGUCGCUUUUCGUCUUCGAUAAUUUGUCUUUCUCUUUGUCCUCUAGAGGUGUCUUUCCUCUCACUUUGCUCAGUGUCUCGACUCACUCCUCCAUAAAGCAUCUUUCGUCCUCCAUUCCCCACAUCUAGCAUCUCUCAUCCCUCCACCACUAGCAUCUCUCUCCACCACCACUACCACCAGCAACUCUCCUUCCUCCACCAGCAACUCUCCUCCACCGCCACCAGUAUUUCCACAAUCCUCGAAUCCAUAUUUAUUUGCUCUGUACCUUGCACCCAAACUCACAAUUUCCACCAGUGCAUGAUACGUUGCCGUUAGUACAAAAAACUAGCCUUUGUUAAUUUAAGGAGAAUGUUUUACCGAACUGCCAAAUGUAAUUUAUGUCAACACUAACACGGAUUUCAUGUAAUAUUUGACAUUGUCGUACUUUUUCUUUUGUUACAAAAACUACAGAUUUUUGCUUUGGUUUUAGGACCAGAGUUCGCCAAUGACAGAAUGAGAUAUUCAGAGGCAUAUUGACAAUAAUUAUAGUUUUUUGUUUAAAUUACCAUAGUUGUAUUAACUAUUAAGUUUGAUGUAAUGCACAAAAAAUAUCCAAAAUCAUGUUGUCAAUGGGAAUUAUUAAUAUAUAUAUAUAUUUAUAAAAUUCAAGGUCUCUACUUCUUUACUUGAAGAAGGACAGUCUUUAAGAUACUAACGUUUGCUCCCCAAACAAACGAAACCUGAAUUGGCCAGCUCGUCCUCAUAAACGAAGGCUAAAUGCUCGUUAAUCCCGCCGCCAAAUCCCAGUUAACGAAUGUAAAAGACUUUGCACACGACUCGACUCAUGACGUCGGAACAAUGCUUUACUGACGUCCUGUCUUAGAAUCACACCUCUAUAAAUACUUCACGUAUUGACCAGACCACACACUAGAAAUUGAAGGGACGACGACGUUUCGGUCCGUCCUGGACCAUUCUCAAGUCGAUUGUGAUGAGGACAGGUAGGGACAGGCAUUAACGUGUUAUUUGUAUUCUUUUCAUUUCGUGUUAUUAACAUUCACGUGUUACUAAUACAAAUAAUUACCAUCAGAACCUAAACACCUAACCUAACCUAAUCUAGGCCUAUUUAUACCCCAUAUUUUAAUUAAUAAUAGUUAUAUAUAUCUGAAAAAUACUGAUUUUGAAUACACAGUAAAUUAAAAUUUGAGGAAUGUGUCUUUGGGGUCGGCAGUAGCUUGGACAAGCAGAGCCUGAGGUCGAGAGGUGAUUUCUGCUACUUUAUGUGUAGUGAACGUGGGUAAAUAUACACACUAAAUUUGUUUUCUAUGGCUGUGUAUAUUCGCUGUAUAAAGGACUGCCAGGAAGCUGUUUCCUCAUAAUAUUUAGUGUACAUAAGCAUCAGUUCUGCUAUCUUUUGUAUUUAAAGUUACGGAUUCCAAAUUAGGCAGCAAAGGAGGUAAUUUUAAUUGUAGAGGCAAUUAAUUGUAGAAAACGCACCGAAAUUGUGAGAAAUCGCUAAGCCAGGAUGACUAUAGUACAUGUAAGGGAUACGAGGACAUUAGGAGAUGGGAUAGAAGAAUAGAGGAAAGGAACAGUGCCUAACCAAUUGGGCAAUUGGGAGUCGAACGGCAACUUACAAAGAAGCGAGGCUGUUGCUGUACCGAUAAGUCCAAGUGACUGCACUAACAGAAGAAAAUGAUAUAAAAUAAACAUCAUUUAUAUACACCAGUAACGUAACUUUCGUGCAUUAUUAAUGUGCCUUAACAAUGUAAGGUGAGUAUGCAUGACCUGUCCUCACACUAAACUCACCACAUAUGUGACGUCAACAUUAGAUACUUUAGUGAAAUUAAUGUCGUUUUCGACUUUAAUUAGUCGGACGCUAAUUAAAAAUCGUUUUCACGAAUUAAUGAGCAUACGACCUCAAUAUGAAACGUGGCCUGCUUGUCUUUGUACCCUUCUGGUUAGCUAAAAACUACUUAUAAUUUGAUGCUUGUCUAAUCAUUUUAACGGCCUGAACCAAGAUCAAAAGUCUGAACAAGGUUCUAAAGUCUGAACAAGGAUUGAAAGUCUGAAGGUACGGAGAUGUAAACAGGAAUAUAGCUGCCGGUAUACGUGUGGUGUUUUAUCAGUAAUGUGUGUGAGUGUAUGUUUCCACUACGUACAGUGCUAUUUAGGUUUAAAUAAAUAAAACAUUAACCAUA